AUGCUGUUCAACGAGAGACAGCAAGCCCCGCUUCCCCAGCGCCUGCUGCUGGUGCUAAAGGGACGAAGGGGAAGGACACUCAUUCUUGGCCUCUUCCUGGCCGUACUAUCCAUUUACUUACUUUUCGAUAACGCUGCCAAGAACAGCAAUGAAACACAUACCUACUCAGAUAAGCCGGGGUCAUGGAGACAUCCGGAAUCCGGCUCCGCGGACGACGUGGUGCAAGAGGCGAGCUCGAUUAAUGAAACCAGUGAGGACGAUGCCCUGCCAACAUCGACGUCGUCGGCACUACCCCCGUUGAAGACCAAGACCGGACCCACUUUCCAUCUAUUAAUUCCAGCCACCGAUGCGGACUCGAAUUUCUGCCGAACCAUCCUUAGUGCCAUGCUGUUGGAGUACCCACCGCCUACGAUUCUUGGCUACUCCCGCGGCGAGGAGAGUUCCAUUAUCGAAGUCGUUAAUGACCACCUGCAGCACACCGACGCCAUCAAGGAUGAGGACCUAGUGCUCAUUGUCGAUGGCUACCGCGCCUGGUUCCAGCUUCCUGCAUCGGUACUGGUGCAGCAGUAUGAGGCCGCUUUAGAGGAUGCCAACGAUAGGCUCAGGAGGAAGUACGGAACUGUUCAGCCAUUGAGUGGGAACCGGGAGCCGCGACAAAUGUUCCGGCAGACGGUGCUGUGGGCUGCGGAUGAGCAUUGUUGGCCGGUGUUGAAGGGAGACGUCGCCUGCUCGGCUGUUCCGGAGUCGCCGUUCUUCUGGGACCAGAGCCCCUAUGCCAAUGCCUCGGAAGAAGCCUCCGCGUAUAACCCCAAGUUUGUCAAUUCCGGAACCGUCAUCGGACCUGCCAAGGACCUCCGUGCCAUUUUCAAGGCGUUGAUGCACAAAUCCGCUACGCCUUACGGACACUUGGACCUCCAACACACACUUCAGACGCUCUACAGCGAGCAAGAGCAGGCACGUGAAUUGAUCCGCCGCUACAACCUAGGUGUAUCGGGCCGCAUGCGGGAAUGGUGGUAUGGCCUCAAUCCGAGCGAGAAGCCACUCCGUAGGACCAACAUCACCAUCGCUCCAGGAAAGAGCUACGAAUAUUCCAUGGGCCUCGAUUACAACAGCACACUCUUUCAAUCCAUGUCUCCGCCCCACUCGUUCAACGGCGACAUUGACUUCAUCAAGUCCGACUCCCAGCCGCGUGACACCUACGAUUCCUCCUAUACGACGGUUAACCCGAAGACUGGCUUGCGCACUUCCUACUCCUCCAACCCGAGCCAGAAGGACCCCAUCUCCCUACCAGAUGCCCUCCUCGACCAACCCUCCCCAUACACUCUCCCGGAGAAGGAUGCUAACGCAGCCGCGAUCCCUGCGAACAUGAACACGGCCCUGACCAUAACCCCCGACCUGGACAGCCUGCCCCCGGCCAAGAAAACCCCAUGGAGCGAGCUUCCGCUCGCCCACAACAUGCGGGCGCGCUCCGUACCCGCGACUCUGCAUUUCCCGUCAUUCGCCUCCAUCUCCAGCGGAGGUGCACGCUUCGCGCGGGCGGCCAACGACAACAGCAGCGAGACGACCGACUCGGGCGACUCGGGAGACUCGCUGCAAUUCCGCGACCCGCGCGACCAGCUGUGGUCCAGCCUGUGGUUCUUUCCGAAUUCUCGCGCGCUCCUGCGGCGGUACAUGCGACAGAGCACCGUCAAAGCGUACGAGGACGAGGCCGACGAUGUUGAGGAGGCGGCGCACGCGCGGUGGUGGCGCAGCGAUCAGCGUGGAGGGCACGGCGGCGUGUGGACCGAGACGGGCGAGUGGCUCGCGUGGGGGGAUGUGUGCGUCGGGUUCGAGGAGGAGGUCUUCGGCGAUAGCAAGGGCGUAUGGUUGGGCGAGGCUAGCAAUCCAGCAGGCGAGGCGGUGCCUGUAGAGGUUGUGGGAGACGAUGAGGAGGAUGAGGGCGAGAUAAUUCCCCCGGCGGAGAUGGACAGGAUUGGCGGCGGGGCGUUCGAAGGGCCUAUCGAUGGUGGCGAUGGGAGCGGUACCGGGGAGGGCAAGGUCGUCCAGCCUGGACCGGAACCGGAAGUCGUGGACGCUGAUGGGGAUCUGGUGAAGGGGGAGAAGGAAAACAACAAGCCCUCGGACAAAGGAGAAGAUAAUGAUGACGACCUGCUGGAUUUCGUCGGAGAGGUGUGGGACGAGAUCAAGGGCGCCGAGAAAGACCAAGUGGAGAGUAUGGACGACGUGCUGAGGCAAAUUGACGAGGAGAUGACCGAAAGACUGGCGUAG